AGUUACUUGCCUUUACAAUAAAUCUUCAUCCGGGUGAUUUCAAUAUGUCAGCGCCCUUUGGGUUUCGACUAUGUAAAGUAUAACAUACGUUUUGGUCCAUUUCAAGCAACCUUGAGUAGACAAGAUGUAUUCAUUGCUGUCGGGGCUGUGGAAGUACAUGUUCCAGAAGGAGGAGUACAAUGUCCUUAUUUUGGGGCUGGACAAUGCUGGCAAAACUACUUACCUAGAACAAACAAAAAUCAAAUUCACUAAAAAUUACCAAGGAAUGAACUUGAACAAAAUCACCACCACCGUAGGUCUAAACAUUGGUAAGAUCGAUAUUGGGCAUGUGCGACUAAACUUCUGGGAUCUCGGGGGUCAGGAGGAGCUUCAGUCACUGUGGGACAAAUAUUUUGCCGAGUCCCACGCUGUGAUCUACAUUGUUGACUCUUUGGACACUGACAGAAUAGACGAGUCUAAAGAUGCCUUUGAGAAGAUGAUUGCCAAUACUCAGUUACAGGGUGUGCCUGUCCUAGUCCUGGCUAACAAGCAAGACCUUCAGGAUUGUAUGACUGUGCCGAGUGUGAAGCAGAUUUUCUUCGAGACCAGUGAAAAGUUUGGAGGCAGGGACUCCAAUAUAAUGGGCAUCUCAGCAUUAAAAGGAGAGGGGGUUAAGGAAGGAAUAUUGUGGAUGGUAGAAAGUGUAAAGAACAAUAGUGUAAUACGACCUCCAGUUCAGAAAGAAAUCACAUGACCAACACAUCACCAUGGAGAUAUGAUUGACAGCAGAUGGUGCCAUCUCAGAUGCUUUUUGUUGUCUUUUAUGUUUAAUGACUUUUAGUAUUUAUGUAGAGGAGGGGACAAUUUUGGGGGGAAAACUUGUUACAGUUUAUGUACUCUGUUGUUAUUUUUUAAAAAAGUAUUGACUGUCUGUUUUCAGACAAAGCUAGCUAUUGUUAUUUUAUUGGAUAAUAUUGCUUAUACGAUUCUGAAUAUUGAAUUGAAAUAAACAUUGGAUGUUAAAUCAAUUGAAAAUUAGGCUAUUUAGGAUAUUAGUUACUGUAGAUCAUGUGUAUCAUAUUAUUUCAAAAUGCAAUGACUGGAGACAUAUCUUGGAUUUUUUUGAUAUUGUAGUUUACCAUUUUUAUUUUGUGUUAAUUAUCGUCAAUUAGUGGUAAACAUUUGCAAAACACAGAUGGGCAAUAUACAGAUUCUGGAGCACACUCUAUAGUAUACAGAUGUGUACACAGGCAUAUGUGUCUCAAGUGAAAUUCAUUUGAACAUUUCACAUAAAUUUUAUGUAAAUUUCAGGUGAAAUUCAUGUGAACAUUUCCCAUGAAUUUUUGUAAAUUUUGCAUGAAAUUCACAAGGAAUAUUUUCCUGUGUACAAGGCUUUAAAAAGUUCAUCAUUUGGUUCCUUUAUCAAUGUUAAAUAGACUAGCAGGGAAGAAUUUUAAUUUUUAUGUAUGAUAGAGGAUGCAUGUGGACGGUGAUAAUGACUGAAAAUGACAAGUAUUUUUGUAGAUGCAGUGAAAUUUAUUUUAUUUUAAAUGUACCAUUCAUUGGGUUAAUGAAAUAACUGGAAGUUGAAUAAUAAUUAGUGUUUUCAAUCUACUGCUGGCAGACAGCAAUAUAAAUAUCUACUUCUAUAUGUGAUUUGGAUUCUGACAAUUCAUGUACAUUGACACAAAAGGCAUGAUAAUCAUAAUAUUGGACCAACUCUUCAACUUAAUAGAUAUAAAUAAUGAUAUUCAAGGUAAAUCUUUAUUUUAAGAAAAACUGUUAAAUGUAUAUACCUUAAUGAAUGAAAAAAUGAAAUAAAAGAAAUCAAUAUUUCUA